AUGGCUGCUGACGAACACAAACCGUUAUUGGACGCCUCCGGAUCUCAAUCCAAAGAGGAUGCCACCGCCACCGCCAUUUUACGUAGAAAAAAGAAGGACAAUGCUUUGAUUGUGGAUGACGCCGUCAACGAUGAUAACUCUGUUAUCACCAUGUCCUCCAACACCAUGGAAUUGUUACAAUUGUUCAGAGGUGACACUGUUCUUGUCAAGGGUAAGAAGAGAAAGGACACCGUCUUAAUUGUUUUAGCCGACGAUGAUAUGGAUGAUGGUGUUGCCAGAGUCAACAGAUGUGUUCGUAACAACUUGAGAGUCAGAUUGGGUGACAUUAUCACCGUUCAUCCAUGUCCUGAUAUCAAAUAUGCCAACCGGAUCUCCGUGUUGCCAAUUGCUGACACCGUUGAAGGUCUUACUGGUUCUUUGUUUGAUGUGUACUUGAAGCCAUACUUUGUUGAGGCUUACAGACCCGUCAGAAAGGGUGAUUUGUUCACCGUCAGAGGUGGUAUGAGACAAGUGGAGUUCAAGGUGGUGGAAGUAGACCCCGAAGACUUUGCCAUCGUGGCUCAAGAUACCGUCAUUCAUUGUGAAGGUGAGCCAAUCAACAGAGAAGAUGAAGAAAAUAGUUUGAAUGAAGUGGGAUACGAUGAUAUCGGUGGAUGCAAGAAGCAAAUGGCUCAAAUCAGAGAGUUGGUUGAAUUACCAUUGAGACAUCCUCAAUUAUUCAAGUCCAUUGGUAUUAAGCCACCAAAGGGGAUUUUGAUGUAUGGACCCCCCGGUACGGGUAAAACCAUCAUGGCCAGAGCUGUGGCCAAUGAAACCGGUGCCUUUUUCUUUUUGAUCAAUGGUCCCGAAAUCAUGUCCAAGAUGGCGGGUGAAUCCGAAUCGAAUUUGAGAAAGGCUUUUGAAGAAGCAGAAAAGAAUUCGCCUUCGAUUAUUUUCAUUGACGAAAUCGAUUCGAUUGCUCCAAAGAGAGACAAAACUAACGGGGAAGUUGAAAGAAGAGUGGUGUCUCAAUUGUUAACAUUGAUGGAUGGUAUGAAGGCCAGAUCCAACGUUGUGGUGAUUGCUGCUACCAACAGACCAAACUCUAUUGAUCCAGCUUUGAGAAGAUUUGGUAGAUUUGAUAGAGAAGUUGAUAUUGGAGUUCCUGAUGCCGCCGGUAGAUUAGAAAUCUUGAAGAUCCAUACCAAGAACAUGAAAUUGGCAGAUGAUGUUGAUUUAGAGGCCAUUGCUUCUGAAACCCAUGGUUUUGUUGGUGCUGAUGUUGCCUCCUUAUGUUCUGAGGCUGCCAUGCAACAAAUUCGUGAAAAGAUGGACUUGAUCGACUUGGAUGAAGACACUAUUGAUGCUGAAGUUUUAGACUCUUUGGGAGUUACCAUGGAAAACUUUAGAUUUGCCUUGGGUAACUCCAAUCCUUCGGCCUUGCGUGAAACCGUUGUUGAAAAUGUCAAUGUUACUUGGGAUGACAUUGGUGGUUUAGACGAUAUCAAGAACGAGUUGAAGGAAACUGUGGAGUACCCAGUUUUGCAUCCAGAUCAAUAUCAAAAGUUCGGUUUGGCCCCAUCCAAAGGUGUUUUGUUUUUUGGUCCUCCAGGUACUGGUAAGACCUUGUUGGCCAAGGCGGUUGCUACUGAAGUAUCUGCCAACUUUAUUUCCGUUAAGGGUCCUGAAUUAUUGAGUAUGUGGUAUGGUGAAUCUGAAUCCAAUAUUCGUGACAUUUUCGAUAAGGCUAGAGCCGCUGCCCCUACGGUUGUGUUUUUAGAUGAAUUAGAUUCCAUCGCCAAAUCUAGAGGGGGCUCUAAUGGUGAUGCUGGUGGAGCUUCCGACCGUGUGGUUAAUCAAUUGUUGACUGAAAUGGAUGGUAUGAAUGCUAAAAAGAAUGUAUUUGUCAUUGGUGCCACCAACAGGCCCGAUCAAAUCGACCCAGCUUUAUUGAGACCAGGUAGAUUGGAUCAAUUGAUCUAUGUUCCAUUGCCAGACGAACCAGCUAGAUUGUCUAUUUUGGAAGCACAAUUGCGUAAUACUCCAUUAGAGCCAGGUUUGAACUUGAAUGAAAUUGCCAGAAUUACCAACGGAUUCUCAGGUGCUGAUUUGUCGUACAUUGUUCAAAGAUCAGCCAAAUUUGCUAUUAAAGAUUCUAUUGAGGCUCAAAUCAAGUCUAAGAAGUUGAAGGAUGAAAAGAAAGCUGAAGCUGGUGAAGAAGGUACUGAAGAUGUUAACAUGAAAGAAGAAGAACCUGAAGAGCCCGAAGAAGACCCUGUUCCUUUCAUAACCAAGGCCCAUUUCGAAGAAGCCAUGAAGACCGCUAAGAGAUCGGUUUCUGAUGCCGAGUUGAGAAGAUACGAAUCUUACGCCCUGCAAAUAUUAGCUUCUAGAGGCCAAUACACUAACUUCAGAUUCUCUGAUGAAAAUGGUGAAUCUGAAGUCGGUGCUACUGGAGCCACUGGAGAAGCCAGCACCGGUGCUGCUUUUGGUGCCAAUGAUGAUGAUGAUGAUUUAUAUAAUUAG